AUGCGCGACUCUGGUCACAACCCGCACUUUCCUGCUGAUCUUGUGACCGGUGACAGAGCUGUCGAUCUUGAUCGUCUCAUUACCGAAUCGUCACUGUUCAUGGCCGUAGCUAACAUAUACUGGACGUGCUGGGCCUUGUUCAACGCUGAGGAUUCGGUUAUCCCAUUCGACUAUGCUUCAUACGGACGCGACCGGCUAGCUCAAUAUUUCCAUCAGAAGAAAGCCCUCCAACAAUACUUGGACACUCAUUAA